UUAUUACAUAUAAAAAUAUAGCGUUUUAAGUUGUUUUGCAGAGAAGUUUUUCUUGUCGGUCUAGUAAACUAAUAUAACUAAUAUUGAUUACUACAUAACAAUACUAAUAUUGAUUACUAUUAAUUAGAAUACAAAAUUACAUAAUUUUUUAUUUUAUCUUAUCGUACUGACAGUAAAAUGCUUGCCUUAAGAAUUGGUUAAUAACUCACAUAUCGCUAAUACGCGCACAAGCGCACAUUUUUUGCACUUGAAUAAGUUCACACACGUUCGUGCGUAUUUCAGCGGCAGUUUUGUCGCGUUUUAAAUUUGUAUAUUACAUAUUAUAUUUAUUUACUGCAUUUGUUUAGUUCUAGUAUAUAUAAAAAUAAAAUGCACGAUAAAAAUAUUAUACAAUUGUACACAGCAACUAUAGAGUAAGUAAAGACACUUAUCAUUUAUCAUGCGCGCACUUGUAUCCUGUAAGUUUCAAGGUUAUUUAUCAGUAUAUUCAGUUGCAACUGCGGUGUUGUGUAAUUAUAACAGCGUUUCCCAUACUAAUAUUUAUGUGUCGCUGUGUUCACGAAUUUACAUAUGUUAAACGUAAUAUGUGUCGUACUUCAUAUAUAAAUAUUUGAAUUCGCAAAUGCGUAUUAACUGAUAACUGUCAUUUUUGCGAGCAUCUGUGAGAGAAUCGAUUAAGAAUGUGUUUGUUACAAAAAGCAUAAGUCAUGGCAAAUAUCUUAAACAAUAGAAAAAAUCUUUGAUCAAUGACCGAGUUAAAAACGCUAUUGUGAAAAAUAUAAAUUUCGGUAAAUAGAAUAUAUAAAAACGAUAGAUGUAAAAUAACCUGAUAUCUGUUAUCCGUAAAUGUGAAUAAAAAUUGUAGAAGUGUGUGUCGAUGAUCAAUGGGCGCCAUGCAUGCUACUGCAAACUGUUUCUCUGUUUGCGAGUUGAACUUGCGGCAAACACGACGACAAAGGCAACCGUGACCGAAGAUUGAUCGAAUGCGCUUUACGCGGUGUGCAUCGUUCGCGGUGCGGCAAAGUUCGCCGGUGUGACGGCCUCCGUGCGAUGCGGAAAAUCUGAGAUUCGAAACGACGUGCGACGGCGAUCGGCGGAAUCGAUUUCGGCGUUGCGGAGAAUCGCGCGGCAUCUUCAACACAAUGAUUAUGAGCUACAACGUAAUGCCGUUCAAAAAGUACGCGGAAAUCAGUUACCGCGUGAAAUGCGUCGCGGUGGAGAACGAGCGGGUGUUCGGCGACGUGUACGUCACUCAACAGACACAGGAUAUCGCACGUCGUCCGAACGAGGAUCCUUUUCCGACGGUGUACAAAAGACGGAGGCGCAAUCUGAUACAUCAGACUCUCAAGGGACCGGAUUUCAUGGAACUGAACAGCAAACGACCGACCGGAAGCGUCGGCGUCGCGAGCUCGCGCUGGCAAAAGCGCUCAAAAUCAACGGGGGACGAGUCAAUCGCGUUUAAUUACGGGAAUGCCGGCAAUCAUGACGCGGCUAUCAAGAGGCCCAAGACAUAUCCACCACCUAUGCGCUAUUCAUCGCCGAAGAAAGAAGCCGUGAUUACCUCGCUGGUGGAUCAACUAUUGCUGGACAUUUAUGGCAUUCCGAUGGCCGACAAGGGACGUUCAGAAAGCGAUUCAACAGCAUCGUCAUUGAAACCACGCCCACAGCAUCAAUAUCAGCAGAAAGCUCGCCUGCUAUUGAAAAGGAAAGAUGAACUGCAAAUUCUGCUCUCGACUCUUCACGACCACAUUAUUCAUACAGGCGGUCUGCUUAUUCGCCAGCUGCGACGAAAGGAUUAUCUCACUGCCAAACGUGAUAAACAGUGCGAUAUCAUCACGGCCUAUCUACAAGCACACAGCGCGAAACGUUUCGAAGAUACAAAAAUGAGGUUUAGUUUGACUCCGCAACCGGGUGAAAGUGGUUUUAUACAAUGGUUAGACGCAAUGAAAAUGGUUGCGAGACUACAAGGAGGGAUACCACCAGAGUUUCGGAAAAGGUUAUGGUUGACGUUAGCGGAACGUCAUCUGGAACAACGCGGCGUAGAUUGGAAGCAGGCUGAGAAGGUCUGUUUUAACGAAUGGAGUAAUCCUGAUGAUGAAGAACUUGGCAUACAAAUCGUGAAAGACUUGCACAGAACUGGCUGCAGCCUGUUCUGCGGUGCUGCUGGCCGGGACAAUCAAGCGGUGCUACGUCGUGUCCUGCUCGGUUUCGCUCGUUGGAACAAAUCCGUGGGUUAUUGCCAGGGCUUAAACGUUCUGGCUGCUCUCGUUCUGCAAGUGAUGGAUCGCGCGGAGUCCUCGGCUGUGAAAGUGAUGAUAUAUCUAAUAGAAGGUGUUUUACCAGAAGGCUAUUUUGCUGAUAAUCUGCGAGGUCUCUCCGUGGAUAUGGCGGUGUUUCGGGAUCUUCUACGCUCGAGGCUGCCAAAGUUGUCCAAGCAUCUCGAGGCGCUUCAGAGUGACGCAAAGGAUAAAGCGACGGGAAGCAGUUACGAACCCCCGCUCACGAAUGUGUUCACUAUGCAAUGGUUCCUCACGCUUUUCUGUCACUGCUUGCCGCAGGAAGCGGUUCUUCGUGUUUGGGAUCUGAUAUUUCUCGAAGGUGACGAAGUGCUCCUUAGAACGGCACUUGCCAUCUGGGAAGGUCUCUCGGAUCGCAUAAUGACCGUAACGUCGGCGGACGAGUUUUACAGCAUAAUGGGAGUGCUUACGCGAGAGAUGCUAGAAUUCACCGACACAAACAAUCUCAUAAAGAACAUUGUAAGCAUGGGACCGUUACACGGUGUGACGAGUUUGAGAGAAAAACAUCGAUAUAAUAUCACCCCAUGGGCGCGAAAACUGAGCGACGACGACGACAGCGAAACGGAGGAGGAUGAGAGAUUAGCGGUGGCGGCUGCUAUGUUCAACAUGGCUCAACGUAUAAAGAAAGAUCGCAUACCAUCAACAAUAGGAGCGUUACAAGCAAUGGCACCUAGCAGCGAUCGGGAACGCCUUGCUCUGGAUAUUACCACGCUGAAACAGCAAUAUGCAAAACUACGAGAACGACAGCGGCAAGCACACAUAAUACUCUCCGCCGCGUGCGCGAGACAGACCAUGGUACCUCCACCCACUUCCACAGCUAUGAAUCAUCUGUUAGUGGGCAAAAAUGCCCUUGUAAGUGGAAAAAAUCGACCACUGAGUUUGCCGUCUGUCACUGUCACAUCAAAAUUACGGCCAGCAACUCUACACAGCCCAAGAGGUCAAAAUCGCAGGGAAAGGCAAGGUGUUACGCUUCACUGGAAAGACGCAAAAAGGCCGAAGCAAAGAGCUGGCGACGCUGGUGACGCUGAUGCCUUUGGUUCAGCAUUUUUGCAAUCGCCUUCGGAGGCAACAUCUGUGACGUCGCCUAACCGAGUUGACAGCGACAGUGACAGCACGUCGACGGAGCUGUGCGACGAACCGGAUCGUCUGAGCGACGUCGAUAGCGAGGAACUUACGUCAGCGUCCGAUUCUUACGUCAUGGACGAUGAAAAGCACGCUUACGCCGAGGGUUCGUCGACCUCGGCUAGCACACCUGCGCGCUCGUAUAAAAGCGAGCCGACAACAACGAUCAAGGAGCCGUCACAGACGAAUUCGAUUCUCGUAAUCGAGCAAAGCGACAAGUCCUCAUCCUUGACUGAGAUCUCGAUCGCCAACAUCACCGAUCAGAUACGAAGACUGUCGGCGGAGGAUGACAAUAACACGACGAUUUCUCAAACACCGAGCGCGCGCGACAACGACGAGCUGUCGGCAAGCGAUUAUUCGCUCGAGAGGUCACAGACGAAGGCGACGGAGUUAAUGCCGCAAGAUCCUGUCAAUUAUACGUCAAGCGAAGACGCGACGAGAUUCUCGCCAAAAAAUGUGAAUAGCUACGACUAUUUGAAUCUCAAACCCGAUCUUGUUGAGGAAAAAACAGAUGAUAUUUUGCUGCACAAAACAGAUCGACUGAAAAGCACGGAAGAAAUAGAAGAAAUCGUUCAGACUAACGGUAAAGACAGUACAGGCCUUAAGAUUAAUAUAAUGGAAAGCACUACGAGUAUAUCACGCGAUAGUUCCACAGAACAGCCGAGCAUCUCUUUAGAUAGAAAUUACGAUAAAUUCAGCACAUCCUUAGAUACAGAUGAUAAGCUUUUCGAAUCUUCUUUAAGAUUUACAAGCAAGCUCUACUUAGAUUCGAAGAACGAUAAUUUAAGCGACGCCGAUGUUACGAGUAACAGAACUGCGGAUAUCACAACCGAGUCGCGAUCUUUCUAUUCCAACAGAUACGUUGUAGGCCAUCUUCCAAUUUCCUCGAUAACAAUGGAUAACAAAUUAGCAAAACUCUCGCACGAAAUAUAUGCAAAUCCGAAAGAUUUGGCGACUUCUGAACCAAAUUUAAAAACAGAUGUUUUCAGCGACCAACAACCGACGAUACAAACAAAAUCGUGUUCCGAUCUGAAAAAGAGUCCGAAAUCUCCGGACAGCGCGAAGUCGUUCAGUUCUGGAGAAACGAUGGGUCCCGACUCGAAACCUUCCAGUUUGACUGCGAGCCCGAGAACGCCAAAUAAAUCGGAUUCUCGCGAUUUCGCGAUCGACAAAUCGGCCAGCUCGUCCGUCAGCUCGGAUUCCAAAACUCUCGUUCUCCAUUCUGCAAGUUCGGAUAUCACCCACGAUAUUUCGAGACCGAUCACAAAGAGAACAUCAACGUAUGAGAAAUCAAGCCCGUCGACUCCGAUCAGCACGGAUUCGCUGAAAAACAAAUCCGAUACAAGUCCGAAGUUGGUGAUCAGCAGUUCCAGCGACUCGUGCAGUCCGAGCAAAGUUAAGUCUUCCGAGAGGUCGUUCAGUUCCGAUCUGCAGUCGCCAAUAAGUGCCAACUCUAUUAGGUAUACUUCAAACUACGGGAAACGAGGUCAGGACAACGUGUCAGAAUCGCCGAUCGAUCUGAGCUCCGCGACCUCGCCGUUUUAUCCUAUCACGAAUCCCAAUCAGAAGACGCCGUCGCCGUACAGCGUAAGCAAACGUAGAAGCAGCGAAAGCGCCGAAACGUCACCCGAUCAGAAAUCGAUCAGCUUGAAGGAUUCGGUAAAGUUCUCAGGUUAUCAAGCGAAUCUUGAUCCCUCGCCAAAAUCAAUCGAGACUAAGGUCUCCGACCGAGUCGAGAGAAGCGAUGUGUUUGCCAGACCACAAUUCAAAGGGCUGAGUACGGAACUGAAUGCGAGUUACACACCGAGGGAGAAGAACAAAGCUGAUUUGAGUUCUUACGAAUCGAUCGGCGCCGAGUCAUACUGUAACCGCGCCGAUUUUCUCGAUGACAAUUCAGACGAUCCGUUGUCGGAGAAAGACGUGGUGCCUCAAUUGCCGCACGAGAAGCUCGACAAGCAUUAUCUGAAUUACAAUUACAGACGCAGAGAUCGAUCGAAAUUGACUGAGAGAAGUUCGAGCAGCCUGGAGAGUAGAUACACCGAUUUGAAGUCCUCGGCAUCGAUCGAUGAAUUCAGCGCGACUAUGGCGAAAAAGCGAUCCAGCGAUAUUCUGGAAGAUAUGAAGCAUCUGGAAGCAAAGGCGUUCAGUGACGGAUCGCCCGACACUACCAUGCUAACGAAGAAAUCGAGCGACAUUUGGGAAGAUAUGAAAAACUUGGAAGCGCGGCGACAGGAUACCUUCAGCAAUUCGGCGAGCAGUUUCUCAAAGCAACGUUUAGAAAUCCCGAACAUAAGCAUAACGAACGAGAGUAGAAAAUCCUACAUAGUGCAUCCGAAAAUCAACAUCGACGACAACAGCAUACUGAAGACCAUAACCUGCAACAAAAACGACAACGACACGGAAGACGACGGUAGAGAAUCGAAGGUCGGUGUGUGGACCAAAGUAAAACCUCGAAAGAAGGGGGACAACGGACGCAGAAGUAGCGACAGAGCGUCGAAAAUCAUUCAAGAGAACUCGGCCAUACUGCACAAGAUCCUGGCUUGUCAGGCGAAGAAACGUUUGCCAGAUUUGGAAGAGAUAUCCAAAGAGAUCACUAUCAGUCCGAUAAACGAGGAAAUCUCGAAGAUAUUCAGUCCGAUUCUCGAGAAAAUGGGACUGAACGAGCACGAAAUAAAUGAGGAACUCGCUCGGAUAAAUUUAAAAGAUUUUGAUAACAUGACCGCUACCAGUGUGUCGGAGUUGGACGCGAAAAUCAACGAAGAGCUGACGAAACUCUCUCUCAUCGACGAUACCGAACAAAUCGAUGAGCUGGACGUAGACGAGAUCAUAUCGCCCGACUAUCUGGACACUCGGGAGGCGUUAAUAGAUCAUAAGAUAAACGAGGAACUCUCUAAACUUUUGGCAAACUACGAGGAAGAAUCGCCGCCGAACGUGAUUAAUCUGGAGAAAGGUUCGUCCAGUCAGAACAUAAGCGAGACGGAGGGUUUAGAUCUCACCAGUAUUUCGACGAACGUAUUUUCCUACAAAUCGUCCAACGACUCGAUCGAGACCAGGAGCGAUUUGGAUUCCACGCAAGAAGCUGCGAUUCAGUCCGAAAAAUUCCCAUUCGCGACGCUGAAGUACGAGCAGAGCAUGUCGCCCAGGAGCGAUAUAGAUAUUUACAGGGAGCUGGAGAAACUCGACAAGAUCUCGUCCGCGCAAGUGCUGCCGGACGCGUCGAUCGAAGUACCGCCGAAACGAUUGUCCCCUAUUUCGUACAUUACCGACACUUCAGCUUAUUCGGAUGUGUCGUCCGCGGGAAGAUACGCGCCGAAGACAAGCCCGUUCGACGUCGCGCCGUUGAAGAGCUCUUACGAUCCUUACAAGAGCUUUGAGUUUCCGAGCAGAUCACCGCGUGACAAUCUUUACGCAGCGUACGAUAAACCAAGCGAUUCCACAUUCGAGUACACGGAUUCGAAGCCGAGACUGUCGCUUGAUCCGUACGAUCGGCAUCUCAAGGGUUCGAUAUUGUCGAAGGAAUCUCUCGAGUUUCGCGUGAGAUACGACAACGAUUCUCCGGGACCGAUCAGCGGCGAAUACGCGGCUGUUCAGGAUAACAAGUCGCCGGUAUCCUUGACCGUAGGAAGUUCUUACUACGGCAAAGCUAACAAUAAAGUAGUCACGCCGACCAAAUAUAUCGGCAAAGAGGAGAAAUGCCUCGAUAUCGGAGAAUAUACCAGCGACAAGUCGGAUAUUUUGCGUCACAAGUACAGCGGUUUGUCCCCAAAAGAAUACUCUCUCGUCAGAAGCACGGACUACGACAAAUCCUUGGGCACGUUGCCGCAUCUUGUCAUGGAAUCGGAACCGGAUAUUGGCUCGUAUCUGCCGACGAGGCAUCGCGACUACAACGUGCUGUCACCCAGUCGCCAAUACAGAGACCAAUAUUACCCUUCAAGUCCGAAUCAUUACACUCCGAAGCUCUCGCCGAAUCUAGUGGAAGAAACGACAAGACCGGUCGCUUCACAGCCAGAAUCCCCGAGCAAAAUGAGUGUCGGAAAGUACGGAGACCUGACAAGCAAGGGGUCGAACUGUUACAAGAAGUCGACAUUAACACUCGGACAUCUUGAAAGUGCGGACAAAGAUAACGAGAACGCGGACACGACUCCCAGUCCUAAGGCGCACUUCAGUCCUUUUCCAGUUAGAAAUAAUAGCAGAAAGCCGAAAGAACUGACGUUGAAGUUGGGCCUGUAUUCACCAAAGAGCUCCGAUUUUGGUCAACUGAAGAAGUCAUAGUGCUCGGCAAAUUGUCGAAGCGACCAAGCUCUCGACCUACACCUACGCAAUUCGCACGUCGGCUGGUUCGUCAUCACGGAAACGGAAAUCUACUACAAACAUGUUCGCUAAAUCUAAGUUGUAUGUCAACGGAUUCCUACACUUUUCACGAUGCAAAGCAUAAUCAAUGCGUUUUUUCAGCGAGUCCGUUUAUCAAUUUUCCAAAUUUAACAAAGUGGGCCUAACUCAUCGCCUAAAUAUUUCGUAAGUCGUAUAAACAUAAUGAGACCGAUACUACCAUAAGCAAACAGAAGAUAAGCUUAAUUAGUUUUAACAUGUUGAACAUAGCCUUAUAUAUAAGAUACUAUAAUUAUAUAAAAUAAAUUAUAAUUAUAUAUAAAAAUAAAGUAAUUAUAUAUAAAAUAAAGACGUGUGAGUUUCACAGUGCUCGAGUCGGACAAUUGUGAAAUUUAUAUUGACGGGGCCGGAGAGAGAUCAGACGCUAAUGCGGAAGUAACACAUAAAAGUGGAUACACAAAAGCCCGCCGUUAUUUCGCAAUCGCGAUAAGUGCGAAAUAAUAUCUCCAUAAAUGCAAUUAAAUUUGGGAAUAUUGCUGAAACAAUAUAUCGUGCGUAAUUGACGCGAUUACAAAAUAGCAAAUCCGGACAAAGCAGAUUAAUGAUAAAUCCAAUCCCCAUAUUCGGCCGCGCGUUUCUCGCUUCCUGUCCUUUAUUUCAUCAUUAAAAGAUAAUGCGCACUUCACGCACAUUCGAUUAUUCAGAUUUGUUCGGGAUUUUUUUGUUAAAAAAAAAAAAAAAAAAGAAUCCGAAGAACGUUAACGUACGAUAAAAUGCCCGCGUUUAAUCGCUGAAUUUACAAUUAAAUGCCUUUGAUUCCCUCCAAUGUUAUGCCGAAACAUUUUCUUACAAGACAACUUCCAAACCGACGCUACGCAAUAUAUUUAAACCUGUACUGUUACAAAUCAAUAUAUUUAUCCGAAGAAAUGUAACAAACUAUUAUUCUCGCUUUUCUUAAACGUGUCGCGCUACAGACACGGUUCUUAUAAACAAAACAAAAUGUCUGCAGUAUGACAGAAUUUUCUCGAACAAACAAAACCAAUCGAUUAUGAUGUAAACGGUUGACAAACGGUAUGAAUCUGCGUAACUCUAAGCGAAUUGUGCACCACAAAUUAGAUAUAAAACAAAGGCGGAGAAAUUGUACAUAAUUUUUAAGUAUAUUGAUUAUACUUGAAUUACAGAAGAGGAACAAAACCCUUCACACAAAAAUCUUUUUAUAUAAAAGUAGUAUUUUUAGAUGUUUCUAAACGAACGAGAGUGUCUACACUCUGUUGCAGUAUUCGGCAAUCAGCUUGCUUGAAGUAGGCUGCGGCUUAAGAGCGCGAGUAGUAGUUAAGAACUUGUUGCUACACGAGUUUGCAUCCUUGCUGACAACACAAAACGGCUUCAAUUCGACACGUAAGCAAAAAUUGCAUUGUAAGAGACCCGGUGCGGGACAGAUAUCUGUUUUGUCGCGGAACAAUUCGAAAAAUGUGGCUUUCUCAUUAAGAUAUUCACACAACUUGGUUUUUUUUUAACAUAAGACGCUUCUGCAACUUGCUUACAGUAGUACGUGGAAAAUCGUUCAUCUCUUGUUAAAAUUCUCAGAUCAACGCGUCAAAAAUCCUAACACACAGCUUGUAGUCAGUCUAGUAGAUUUUUUCCCCAAAGAUUAAUUAUUAGAGAAUAUUUGCCCAAUCAUCUGUGAUAGUUUAGAGAACGAGAUAACACACACACUUACACGAUGUUAACUUAUUAGAAUGUUUAUCAUAGAGCAAUUAUUAAUUUAAGCACACAUUCUCUUUUAGUAACAACACCUUGCCAAUGUUUACUUUUUUUUCUUUUUUUCUAUUGGUAUUACGUCUAAUUUUUUAACGUAACAAUGUCAAUCAAACUCAUUAUCAAUGACGAUUUUCUGAGUAUACAUUUUAAAAUUCUACUUGGUAUACAUGCAUACAUACUAAACCACUAUCCAUAAAAAAGAAUUAAUAACACAUUUUUCACUCUCUCUUCUCUCUUUCUCUCUCUCUUACGUCCAUACUUUAAAGAUACAACAAUAUACUUGUCAAUUGCGAUGUAAGAAAACUAUUAAUAAAAAAAAAAGAAAUCGUUACUAAAAAAAAAAAAAGAACUUCAGGCACAAGUAUUAUAUAAAUUUGCGCGUGGGAGCUUUUAUAUAUGACGUUGUAAUAAAGUUCUUCUCGCGUUUUCUUUGACUUAUAUAAAUAUAUAUAUAUAAUAUUAAUGCGAGCGUGUGUGUAUUAUAUAGAUAUAUAUAUAGAUUACAUAGAAUAUCUGAUAAACUUUUCAGUGCUCGUUAUACGCUGCAUCGUAGGGAAUAUAUUGCGCACUUGAAUGGUUUUUGGAGUGCGUAGAAAAUGUAGCAUUACCUUUGUUUCGGUUACAAUAUAGACGACGAACAUUGAAUUCCAGAGAAAAAGAAAAAUCCGAAAGUAGUUCCACACACAGAUGCCUGUGAAAUAUAGAAAGUAUUCGUAAAGGUGCUGGGAGAGACACGGCGACACACUUAAAAAUAGUUACAAAGAUAUAUAUAUAUAUAUAGUUUAAAUAAGAGAAUAUAUUUAAAUGCUUAUAUUGAGUAAAUUAGUGGAACUAAAGCAUUGUUAACGCAGUUGCUAUAAUAUUACGAGUUGUCAAUGUCGCGCGUUUUUGCAUUCUCCGUCAUCCAGAAACUUAGGUUCACUUUGUUAUAUAUAUAAACACACAUUUUAAAUGAGAAAUAAAACUGCUCGACAAUAUGUACACUUAAUUCAGUUGUUUGCGAACUUUUACUCAAAAAGCUUCUCGACGGAGUGCUUUUCGAUACUUAACGAAGAAUACGUUGAAAUAUGUGUGAAUACACGUAGUGUUUUUCUACUGGAUCAAGAAAAUCAGAAUCGGUUAGAAUAUGAUUGUGACAAAUAUGAUUGCGUACGUAAAGCCUUAAUGAAGGCUUCGCGCGUGAUAAAAAUGCAAAUCCUAUGCGAGCGUCUCGUUCGAAAAGAUGAGAAAAUUGUAUUUAAGGGCGCGAAUGCGUGUGCAGUUGUUACGUGAUGAUGUUUUGAGAAAAUUAUUGUACAUACAUGCGAGUCAUGUCAGAUAUAAGACUGUAUAUUUGAAAUGCAAAUAGAAAUAAUUAAGUCGUUAAGUGAAUAAAG